GAGUAGGGGUCUUGUUUAAGAGACUCAGUGCUAAUGCCUCCUCUGGUGAUGCCUUGAGAUUUAGGGGACUUGCUUGGGUGAACAAUGUGAUUGUGGAGGAGUGGAAGUUGUCUAGGUGCAGAGCCCCUUGUACAGUGGAAGCUGAGCUUCUCCAGAUUAGAGAUUGGCUUUAUCAUGGAGCAGGUCAUCAUUGGCACAAAGUUUGGAUUCAAACCUUCAAUAAGGAUCUUAGCUCAAGACUUAACUCUCGUGAUUCCUUUGAAUCAAGGUUAUCUAUGGUGGUGGAAGACAUUUAUUCCUUGCUCUCGGUCUUUUUCUA